AUGGUAAUCCUGUCGCACAGUCUGGAAAUUCCAAGAAAUGGAGAAAACGAUAAGAAAACAGAAGCAGAAGAAAAAGAAUCCGUUGAAGAUGUAAAAGCAGAACCGUUAUCAUCCGAUUUACCAAAAUUAUCCGUUAAAAAACGACAAAUCUAUGACGGCGACAGCUACAGCAGCAACAGCAGCAGCGAAAGUACAGAAUCCGACGAUUCACAUUUUCACGAAAACAGUCCCGAUGAAGGAAAUUCUAAUAAUGAUAAUAAUAAUAAAUCAGAAUAUGACACCGAUUCGGAAAGUGUCGUCAACGAAUAA